AUGAUAAAUAAUUUAGAAAAGAGUAAAGAUACAGUUGUUGAGGAGAAUAUUAUGUUUGAAGCAGGAUUUAACAAGGUUGUAAAUUUGGAAGAUACGAAUAUGGAUGAGGCUGGUUCCUGUUUGUGUAAUAGUGGUCUUUUCUCAGGAGUUGGGUCUAGUAAUGAAAAGCAUGAAACAAAUAGUUUGGAAACUGGUGCACAAGGCCUGUAUAAGUUUUGGCAUGUCUCUGUGGAGAGAGAGAAGGGCUUAUGUAAGGUGGGAAUGUUGAUGGACAAAGCCUUGAGUAUGGAUGAGAUAAAUUAUUUACUUUUAGCAAGACAGGUUGUGCUAGAGAGAGCUUAUGUGGUUAGAGUGACGAAUAAGGAUGAUUGGGGUGUUGUUGCAAAAAUAAUAUUUAAUGAUUCGGUUGACUCUAUGUUACAAAUCUUUGAAGAAAAAAGAAAGAAAGUCAGAUUAGCAAUUCAGAUAUUUUCUAAAAAUAAGAAAUCAAAAGUUUCAUAUGACAAGAAUCAAAAGUUUGAGGAACAAGUAAGCAAUAUGCAAGAGUUUUUUCUAAGUAUACAACAGAAUCAUUCUGUGGCACCUGUAUUUAUUCAAGCUUAUCUAUCAUUUUUACUGAUCUGGCAAUAG